GACUCAAGAAGUCAAGAUGGAUCUGGAGUCGUACCUGUGGUUGGUGGUGGUGGGCUUCAUCAUCGCCUUCAUCCUGGCCUUCUCGGUGGGCGCCAACGACGUGGCCAACUCCUUCGGCACGGCUGUGGGCUCGGGCGUGGUCACCUUGCGGCAGGCCUGCAUCCUGGCUUCCAUCUUCGAGACGCUGGGCUCCGUGCUGUUGGGGGCCAAAGUUGGAGAGACCAUCCGGAAGGGCAUCAUUGACGUGAACCUCUACAAUGACUCGGUGCCCGUCCUCAUGGCUGGGGAGGUCAGCGCAAUGGUGGGCUCCGCGGUGUGGCAGUUAAUUGCCUCCUUCCUGAAGCUGCCCAUCUCCGGGACCCACUGCAUCGUGGGCUCCACCAUCGGCUUCUCCAUGGUAGCCAUCGGCACGCAGGGCGUCCAGUGGAUGCAGCUCGUUAAGAUCGUUGCCUCAUGGUUCAUCUCCCCUCUUCUGUCUGGAAUCAUGUCUGGAUUACUGUUCCUUCUCAUCAGGUACUUCAUCCUCAGCAAGGAUGACCCGGUCCCCAAUGGCCUCCGAGCUCUACCUCUCUUCUAUGCCUCCACCAUUGGUAUCAACACCUUCUCCAUCAUGUACACCGGAGCCCCCUUGCUGGGCCUGGAGAUGCUGCCGGUCUGGGCGAUAGCCCUGAUCACGUUGGCUGGAUCUCUGGUCUGUGCAGCACUGGUCUGGAUCUUCGUCUGCCCGUGGAUGAGGAGGAAAAUAGCAAGCCGGCUGAAGAAGGAGCACGCUCUCUCCAGGAUAUCGGACGAGAGCUUGGAUAAGAUCCCAGAAGAGGAAGAGGAGGCUCCCGUCUUCAAGGAACUGCCGGGGGCCAAGGGGACGGACGACGCCGUGGUCCCCCUGACCCAGUCCGCGGGGGAGCUGAGCAGCCUGGCCAAUGGGGGUGCUGUGCUGCCCAAUGGCAGGGUUUAUGGCCGCACUCACUCCAUGACCAACGGCUGCUUAAAGUCACCGAUCUCCAACGGCAGCUUCAGCUUCGACGGGCACAUGCGGAGCGACGGCCAGGUCUACCACACGGUGCACAAGGACUCGGGCCUCUACAAGGACCUGCUGCACAAGAUCCACCUGGGCCGGCUGGAAGACGAGCGGCCCGGCGGCGGCCCGGACAACAGCUACCGGCUGCUGCGUCGCAACAACAGCUACACGUGCUACACGGCGGCCAUCUGCGGCAUGCCCGUGCAGCCGCUGCUGCGAACCGAUACGGGCGCCGCGCCCGAGGACAGCGAGAAGCUGGUGGGUGACAGCGUUUCUUACUCCAAGAAGCGCGUUCGCUACGACAGCUACUCCAGCUACUGCAACGCCGUGGCCGAGGCCGAGAUCGAGGCUGAGGAGGGCGGGGUCGAGAUGAAGCUGGCCGCCGACUCCUUGGAGGCCCCUCCCCCGCUGGGCAUGGAGGACCCGGCCGAGGAGGACAAGGAGGAGAAGGACAAGGCUCAGGUCUUCCUGCUCUUCCACUUCUUGCAGAUCCUCACUGCCUGCUUCGGCUCCUUUGCCCACGGUGGCAACGACGUCAGUAAUGCUAUCGGCCCCCUGGUGGCGCUGUGGAUGAUCUACGAGCAAGGUGGGGUAAUGCAGGAUGCAGUCACGCCCAUCUGGCUGCUCUUCUAUGGGGGCGUGGGCAUCUGCGCCGGCCUGUGGGUGUGGGGGCGCCGUGUCAUCCAGACCAUGGGCAAGGACCUGACCCCCAUAACCCCCUCCAGUGGGUUCACUAUUGAGCUGGCUUCCGCACUCACUGUCGUGUUCGCCUCCAAUAUCGGACUCCCUAUCAGUACCACACACUGCAAGGUGGGCUCCGUGGUCGCCGUGGGCUGGAUCCGCUCGAAGAAGGCAGUGGACUGGCGCCUCUUCCGGAACAUCUUCCUGGCCUGGUUCGUGACGGUGCCGGUGGCAGGUCUUUUCAGCGCCGCCAUCAUGGCCCUGUUCGUCUACGGCAUCCUGCCCUUCGUCUAACAGGCCACC